AGGUGUCAAAUGUCAAAACAGAGCCGCAGCAUUCUGCUCGGAACCACUGAAUGGAGACUUAACACGUUCAUCACAUAAAGACAUGGAGGUGAGGGAGCAGGUGGAGGAGCAGGUGGAGCGGCUGCUGGGCGGUCAGGGCUCAGAGGUGACGGGGUGUGAUGUGGGUCUGGAGCAGAGAGACAGCAAACCAGCGUCUCUGAGGAAGAACGUCACCUACAUCGUCUGUGCCGUCAUCUUCAAUGACAAGGAGGAGGUGCUGAUGGUGCAGGAGGCGAAGCAGGACUGUUACAAACAGUGGUACCUGCCUGCUGGGAGGGUGGAGGUGGGGGAGAGUCUGGAGGAGGGUCUGAGGAGGGAGGUGAAGGAGGAGGCGGGGUUUGACUGUGAGCCAAUCACCUUGCUGCUGAUCCAGGAGCAGGGACCACAGUGGAUCCGCUUCAUCUUCCUCGCUACAGUCACAGGCAAGUUCAUCACCAAAACUACA